GCAAUGGUUUGCCCGGAACGCGUCCUCGGCGCUAAUCCGCCCAAAACCCUAAUCCUCGAAGGAACCUACGGAGAUCCUGCGCCGUAGCAUCGGGUCGAAGUCGAAGUCGAAGCCGCCUCUCUCUCAGCUUCCUCCUCGACCGCCGACUGUUUUGUGUUCGUAUUUCGUUCCAAUUGGUUUGGUCUUUCUGCUCAGGAUUGCAAUUAAAUGGAGAUGUUGUGCAAAUGCCAAAGUAGUGGAGUUUCUCCUGCUGUUUGCUGCUCUGCUGCGGAGUUGUUUGUCGCUGAAGCUGCUUUGGCUGUGGAAAAGAUCCUUCUUUCGCUUGUGCUGGCGAUGGGUUCUUUAUCAUUUCAAAGUGAUUCGCUUAUUGAACUCCCUGAAACAAUUUAUAGGAUACUCCAAAAAAGCAAACAUGAAUCAGUGCCGGAGAACAAGGACGAUGGUGAUUCAGAAGAAGAUGAAGAGGAUGAUGGUGAUGAUGACCAAGAUGGUGAUGAUCAAGAAGAAUAUGGAGGUGAAGGUGACCCUUCUGGGGAGGAAAAUGACAACGAAGAUGAUGAAAAUGAGGACCCAGAGGCCAAUGGCGAAGGUGGAAGUGAUGAGGACGAUGAUGAAGGCGAUGAGGAUGAUGACGGCGAUGAGUCAGAUGAAGAGGAUGAGGAAGAUGAUGAAGAGGAGCUUCUGAAACCACCGACGAAGAAGAGGAAGUGAAGCAGGGCGACUUUGUGUUUCAAAAAGCUCAUUUUAGCUACUGUUUUAUUAGAGAAUAGAAAGAAGCCUACGAAUGAACUUAACUUGUCACUUUCAGCACGUUCUAAUAUGAAAUUUGGGCUUGGCGCGGUGGUAA